AUGCAAAGUUUCUCACAUCUCUCGCUUUUGAGUGCUUCAACGGCGCAUGACAUGAACGAUGAGCCCUUCAGCGAGCAAAUUGACCAAAUGGAUCAACCGGAACAAGUGAGUGGCCGUUUACUGGGUUAUAUAAGAAGUAAAGACUUUAAUGACCGCAAAUGCCCCUCCUCCCGCCUCUCAACGGAUUCAUUUUUCGCUUCGGAAAUGCUGAUUUCAUCGCCAAGAUCAUCACUUGCCCGACAUUUCGCCGUGUCGAGAUCCGCCUUUCCACACAGAAACCCCUCGAAAUCUCCUAUGUUGAUAAGGUGCGCAUUCGUACCGGUGAUGGAUGCCGUUAUUCCAGGGACAAGGAUGUCUUCCACUUUUCAUCAUAUAUGCCUCAUCCUCCAU